AUGCAUCGUAGCUCUUAUAAACACUACCAUCUGGAUCCCAUAGAUACCAGGAAGUUUUUUCACACUUAUUUUUCUGGAAAAUCUGAUAGAAUUAUUAUUGAUGAGAUUGUGAAAUAUCCAAUGGAAAUUCUUCACAAAGAGUUUAAAUCAGGAAACAUUAAAGGUGACACCUUUAUAGAUAUAUCAAUUAGUUCAGCGAUUUUCCAUCUGCUUCCUGUGUGUGACCAUUUCAAAGAAAUCACUAUUUUAGAAGUCAAUGAUCAAUGUCUGGAAGACAUAGUUAAAUGGGUGAAAAAGGAUGUGGAUGCUUUAGACUGGUCUCAUGCAUCAACUCAUAUGGCAAAACUGGAAGAAGAAAAAAGUGGUAACUGGGAAGAAAAAGAAGAACUUCUAAGAAGCCGGGUGAAACGCAUAGUGAAAUGUGAUUUUACCAAAGAAAACCUGACGGACCCUGUUGUUUUAGAUAAAGCGGAUUGCUUGAUGAGUAUGUGUAUAAUGCAUUUUGUGCACAAAGAUCAUGAGUCUUAUCGCGCAGGAAUGAAAAAGAUAGCAUCGUUAAUAAAACUAGGUGGACAUCUGGUAAUGAUUGGGGGGUUUAAUACAAGGUACUGCACUGUUGGGGAAGACAAAUUGCAUAUGCUGUCUUUUGAUGAAGAUUUUAUGCUAAAUAAUUUGAAAAGUAUUGGCUUUUCUAUCGAGAGCUUCCAGAAGACAAUGAGCAAAUUAAGUGGCGGAAUGAUAGAUUAUGAUCACAUUUGGUUUGUCAGAGCAGUGAAAAUUUGGGAGCUUUAG